AUGCGCCUGAAACUUUCGGGACCGGAUUACGCUGACAAGGACCCUGUUGCGGCUCUGGCUGACUUCAAGAAGCGUGUAGCCAUUUACGAGAAGAACUAUGUCCCGAUUGGCGACUACGAAGAGGAUCACAACAUGCCCUACGUCAAGAUGGUGGAUGUAGGCCGAAAGAUGAUCUCUCAUCAAAUCAAAGGCUUCCUCGCUGGCCAGGCCGUCUACUACCUCCUCAACUUCAACCUUGCGCCGCGCAUGAUAUGGAUCACACGACACGGCGAGUCAACUGAUAAUGUAGCAGGCAAGAUAGGUGGUGACUCUGAUCUCAGCCCGAAUGGCCAAAAGUACGCCAAAGCCAUGACGCGUUUCAUUGCCUCUCAGCGCAAGGACUGGGCAGUUCGACAGGCGGAUAAAAUGGCUCAUACCCACUUUCCACCCGCUGCAGGCGAUCACACGCCCCCGAACCCGUACUACAGCCACGAACUCGAAGCCCAUAACUUCUGCGUCUGGACGUCUAUGCUGAAACGCAGUAUCCAGACAGGCCAGUACUUCUGUGACGAGGAGUUUGAGGUCAAGCAAAUGCGCAUGCUGGAUGAGCUCAACGCCGGUCUCAUGGAGGGCCUUACCUAUGAGGAAAUCCGUACAAAGUACGCAGACGAGUACCUUCGACGGCGACGCGAUAAGCUUGCAUACCGCUACCCCGGACCCGGUGGCGAAGGCUACCUGGACGUCAUAAAUCGUAUCCGCCCCGUUAUCGUGGAAUUGGAGCGCAUGACAGACCACUGCUUGCUCAUCACCCAUCGCAGUGUUGCGCGCGUACUACUGGCAUACUUCCAGGGCCUCAAGCGCGAGGAUGUGGCUGACCUUGACUGCCCGCUCGGUAUGCUUUAUCAACUUGAACCUAAACCCUACGGCGUCGAGUUCAAGGCAUGGCGAUACAACUCGGAGACGGACGGUUUCGACCACCUGCCAGACUACAAGCUUCGACGGUCCCCCGUUCAGACCAACAACUAG